GAGCUAGAGGGCAGCAUACGAAUUCCCGAGCGAACAAAUUCGAGAAAUACUGGGAGGUCUCAAGCGUUCAUAGCAACGAGGAGAUUUCCUUUCUUCGUGAUUAAUUGUAACAUUUCAUGUAACUGAGGGGAUUGAAUGAGAGGAUCUCAGCUCAGAUGAUUUUACUUGGAGGAAUCUCUAGAGAAUAAUUCUUCAAGAUGAUGGAAUUAAGUUUAAACCGAGUGGACUAUCUCCAGGUUGGAGUGACAUGCCCUCGUACGAUGAGACUCCUACCAGAGAAGAAGGCCAAAGCUCCUCAGAAGGUCGCUGUUGCUGACCAGACCGGUGUUAUUCAAUGCUUUAAUAUCAAGAAAGGAGAAGCAGUGAGUGCUUUCAAGACGUUACCAGGCCCUAAGAUAUCUCGUUUAGAGCUUGGUGGUACCCUAGGGUCGCUUGCAGACAAGGUCUUUGCAGCAUGCGGCUCAGAAAUCAAAGGUUUCACAAAGAAGGGCAAACAAUUUCUGGGCUUUGAUACAAACCUGACAGAAAGCAUCAAAACUAUGUGGGUAUGUGGUAGCCAUCUAUUCCUUGGAGGUAACUACAUCUUCAAUCACUAUCUGGAUUGUAAGGAUGAGAAUUAUUACCUAUGCAGUGAUCGCAUCAAUGACAUCCUGUGCUUACCCUUGACCCGGGUCAAGGAGGUCACUCCAGUGCUAGCCUGCCAGGACCGUGUCUUAAGAGUCAUUGAAGGUUCUAAUCUUCUGUAUGAGGUGGAGGUUGCUGGUCCUCCUCAGUCUCUCAGUCUCUUUGCAGAUGAAGGAGGUGAGGAAGGUGAAGAUGUCUUGUAUGGAACGUCAGAUGGUAAAGUUGGUUUGGUUCAGUUAAACAGAAUAUCCCCCAGUCAUAAAUGGGAGAUUCCAAACGAGAAGCGUAGUGGUGGAGUCCUGUGUAUGGAUAACUAUGACAUCACAGCUGAUGGUAUCUCAGAUCUAUUAAUAGGACGGGACGAUGGAUUGGUUGAAGUCUAUGGUUAUAAUGACGCUGAUGAACCUAUACUUAGAUACAGUACGACCUUAUCUGAGAGUGUGAGUUCAAUCCAAGGAGGAGUAGUCAACUCAUCUGGGUUUGAUGAAGUCAUAGCAUGUACAUACGCUGGAUGGAUCCAAGGCUUAACCACUGAACCAAGUUACAAGGAAGCAGGUCCAGGAGAAAAGGUUCAAGUCUCUGAUGAUACACAAGGCAAGAUCUCACAUCUCAAGAGUGAGUUAGAAUCACUUCAGAGUAAGGUGAUGCAGGAGAGAGAGAAGUAUCAUUACCAAGCCAUGAAUACCAAGGCCAUCUCAGCUGUCCCUCAGUUUAACAUCAAUGAUCGUUUCUCACUCAAUCGAGAUGAUGCCAGCUAUACACUCAGUAUUGAAGUCCAGGUUGCUAUUGACAAUAUUCUUCUUCAGAGUGAUGUUCCUAUUGAUCUACUGGAUACAGAGAAGAACACAGCUGUAGUCAGCUACAGUGCUUGUGAUACUGAGAAUGGGAACUUUUUACUAGCUACCUACCGCUGCCAGGCCAAUACAACAAGACUUGAGUUGAAGAUCCGUAGCAUCGAGGGUCAAUAUGGAACCUUACAAGCUUAUAUCACACCUAGGCUACAGCCCAAGACAUGUCAACUCAGACAGUACCAAAUCAAGCCACUCUCACUUCAUCAACGUACACACAUGCUGGAUGACUCUAGGCCCAUGAAUCAGUUGAAGCUGACCGGUCAGUUCAGUCUAGCCGAGAUUCAUUCCUGGGUGUCUUAUUGUUUACCUGAGAUUCCAGAGAGGACACCCCCAGGAGACUCCAUCAACUUUCAUUUCCUCUCUACAUUCCUGGAUACGCAACUAGAUUGUCUCUACAAGAAAGGAGAAGGUGUGUUUCGAUCAGACAAUAUCUCAACCAUCUCGAUAUUGAAGGAUGUCCUUAGCAAGGAAGCUACCAAGAGAAAGAUUAAUCUCAACAUCUCUUAUGACCUAGCUGAUGAGUCGGUAGCUAAUACUCUAAGACGGAUUCAUCCUAAGCUUGAGUACCAGCUGCUACUUGCUAAGAAAGUCCAGCUGGUUGAUGCACUCAAGGAGCUACAGAUCCAUGAAGGAGAUUUGGAGUUUAUGUCUCCUGAAUAUCGUCAGAUCCUGGAGGAGGCUGAUACGCUCCAGCAGGAAUACAAGAAACAGCCAUGUCAUCUGGAAAGACUCUAUGGGAUGAUCACUGAUCUCUUCAUUGAUAAGUUCAAGUUCAAGGGGUCAAAUGUCAAGACUAAAGUGCCUCAGCUUCUGGAAGUCUUGGAUAACUAUGAGCUUGAAAACCUGAUUGGUUUCUUUGAAGCUGGGGGAGUAUGAUCUGCAGGAUUCUUGCUUUGAGUUAUCUUUCUCAUUCAAAUUGUGAUUUUUAAGCACAUAAGUGAGUUGAACUAUGGGAAUGUAACAGAGCUUUUUAAUGAGAGGGUCCUUUAUGGAUUGAUGUGAAAUUCUAACUGAUUUGAAUAAAGCUGCCAUAUUAAGAAAAUGUAAUCAGUUUUGCAAGAAACACAACUUGUGUUUUGUAGACUGAUCUGGCAAUUCAUAUUGCUAGUAUAAGGUUGGCAAAGCCACCAAGAGAAUAUGAGAUUCACUGGCGCACUUUGUAUAACUAAUUUGUAUAAACCUUAUCAAAGAUAAUAUCAUCAAAAUGAACGGAAACAAAAUACAUGUAGGGUUUUCACUUAAUAUGCUUAUAUGGAUUGUACAUAUGCAACCAUAGCAUAUCUUUAUAUUUGAAAAUGCAUUGCACCAACUGAAUAUUUCAGAGCUUUUUUAUGCUCAUUGUUAGAUAUGUGUAUUCCUGAUGCAUACAUUCAGUGUAGUUGUUUUGACAGAUUGAAGCUUUGCUGAGAAGAUGAAUUUGCCUAGAAGCCAUCUGUAUCAUACAUUACCAAACACUGAGAUAGCACCGGUAAAGUUGUACUGGAAUUAAUAUAAAAAUUCAUGUAGUACUACGAAUGUGACUGAAUUAACUUCAGGGAAGUCAGGAAUAUAUACAA